AAUUUAAUAACUGCUUCUAUGUAUAUUGAUCCAGCUGACACUAAAGCAUGGGCUGAAGAAUUAAAAGAGUAAAAUACUAUAUUAAAAAAACUAGAUAUUAAGGAAAUAGAAAACAAAAAGUAGAUUUUUAGAAACCAAAGAUCUUUACAUAAAAGGAAAUGAAAUUAAAGCAAACUGAAUUUAACCCUGUUUUAUAAACUUAUUAAAAUGCAGAUCGUGAUGUUAAAGAGAAAGAAAAGGAUUUAUAGAAGACUUCAACAUUAGCAUAAAAGAAAAUGGUAUAGCAAUUUGAGAUUUGAUAGGAAAUGGUGAAGAAAUAUAUGCAUGAAUAUGAUUUAGUUAAUUUAGAAUAAGUAUAAGGGAUAGAUCGACCAGAUGAGAGAGAGAAAACUAAAUAAUGUUUAGUAUAUAAUAUUAAUAAGAUAAUAGUUACCACCUAAUUUCAAUGAUUAUAAUAUAAUAACAAAUGAGAAAAAGAGUGAAGAAUAUUAUAAAAACAUGAAAGUGGUUGUUUAAAAGCGAGUUCAUGAAAAACCUAUGAUUAAUAGAAACAAAAGAGAUUUCAAUAUUAUAACAAAUAAGUUGUAUAUUUAAUUUAUUAAGGUUUUUGGAUAAUCAUGAAUAAAAGGCUUAAAAUUAAGAAGCAGCAGUAAUGUCAGAAAUUAAUGAUAAAUGUAAAAGAGUUAGAAAUUAUGAUAUUGUGGCAGGAACAUAUUAUAGUGAAGAUAGAGAAUAUGAAUAUUAAUAGUAUUUUAUCCGAUAAUAUUGAGGAAAUUGAAAUAAGACUAAUUAAAUCAUGGAAAACAUUUCAAUGAUAGAUUUCCACCAUCUUGGAAAUUCAGAGAAUCAGUUUAUUUAGAUUAAACUAAAGAAAUUCCUGAAGAAAUUAAGAUGAUUGAUGAAAUUAAUAGAAAUCAUAAAAAACGUUAUGAAAUAAGACAUGUUUUAGAAAAUGAGUAUAAAGAAAGAGAUUUAUAAGAUUAAAUGAGAACUCAAGAUAGAUUGAUUAAAAGACAUAAAUAUGAUGAUUUGAUUAAAAAGUAUGAUAAAGGUAAGUUAAUCAAUUUUAAUAUGUAUAGAAUUUGAUAUCAUAACUUUAGAAAAACCAGAAAUUGAUCAUAUUGUUAAAGCAUUACCACCUAAACCUCCUCUAAAUUCUUGGGAAAAGGUUUAGAUGACAAAGUCAGUCUCAGAUACCCCUAUUAAUGAAGUGACUAUUCCUGAAGGAAUUGAUUUUAAAGAAAAUGGAUUAAAUCGAAAUGAUUCUUAAGGAAGAGUGAGAUUUCCAUAAGUAAUUAGACAAGCCAGUGAAAAAUCAUCAAAGUCUCUCUCUAAAUCUAAUAAAUCUGGACCAAAAUCGAUAGCUUAAUCACAAAAAUCGCAUCCCUAGGGAACUGAAAUUAAGUCCGGAGGGUUUUUUUGA